AUGUGGGAGCCGGAAGUGGCGGCAACAUGGCUUCAGAGGAGGAUGAGGGCUGCUCUUUGCUUUCCUCGGAUAUACAGCCUGGAGACCGAGGCAGCUUUCGGUGUCUUUUGUGCGGCGUCAGCGUCCCGAACCGCCCUAGCCUCAAUGAUCACGUUCGUGGACGACGUCAUGUGCGAAUGUGUGAGGAGCGUGACAAACGCCAACAACAGCAAGAGCGUAGUGUGUUUGUUAGUGGCUUCCCAAAAGGCACCACAGAAGAUCAGCUUACAGAUGUCUUUCAAUCAAUAUCUUCGGUUAAAAAUAUUGUCAUGGACAAGGACAGGGGUCUAUAUGCCAUUGUGGAGUUUGAGAAUUCAGAUGGAGUAACUGCAACCCUUGAAGAACCCAAUAUUAAACUAGAGGGGCAUCAACUAAAGGUAAAGCCUCGGGAAAAGAAAGAGUUCAAGAAAAAGAGAACAGGAUCACGGAACUUGCAACCUCCUGACCCAGAGGCACUGAGCAAGGAACUUAUCCACUGCAAGGAUGUGGAGGAUCAAAUAAAGAGUCUGGUCACACUGUGUUCUCCAUCGCAUCACGAAGGUCAUCUGCGGGAGUUGCUGCUGUCUCUGCUGCGAGAAACCUUUACAGAGUUCUUUCCAGGCUGCCAGCUUCACCCUUUUGGUUCAUCUGUAAAUGGCUUUGAGGUCAGUGGCUGUGACCUAGAUUUAUAUUUGGAGCUUGGAGAAACCGAGGAGUUGAAUAGGAAGAAUGAUGAUGUUGAAGAUGCAGACUUAAAAGAAGAUUAUAUGGAUAAAGAUACAAAAAAGGAGGGAGAUGAAAAUGAAGUAGAAUGUUUAGAAGUGGAAGAAGCACAGAGAAACAAGAUAAACGAAACUGAAGAGAUUAAGCAUGACGAAGAGCAUAAGCAUGAUGAAGAUGAGAAUAUUACUCCUGGCCUAUCCUUGAAGGGUCUCUCCAAUGAGGAAAUCCUCGAUUUAGUUGAGAGAGUUCUACGUCAGUGUGUUCCUGGAGUACAUGGGGUUCAAACUGUUCCUUCUGCACGGCGACCAGUAAUACGCUUCCAACACAAGACUUCAGGACUUAGGGGUGAUAUCACUCUCAAUAACAGGCUUGCCCUGCGCAACUCCUAUUACUUGCGUCUCUGCUCUGACCUAGACCCUCGGGUCCCACAGCUUGUGUACACACUGAGAUACUGGGCUAGAGUGAACCAGCUGGCAGGUAACUCAUUAGGGGGUGGGCCCCUGCUGAAUAAUUACGCUUUGACAUUGCUUAUUAUUUUCUUCCUACAAUCAAGGAGCCCUUUGGUUAUUCCCAGUCUAAGUCAGUUGAGAGUGAUGGCUGUUGAUGAGGACACGCAUAUCAUUGAUGGCUGGGACUGCACUUUUCCUUCUGAUCCCACGCAAAUACAACCUAGUAAAAAUGAGCAGAGUCUUGGUUGUCUUCUGUCUGAGUUUUUCUCCUUUUUCUCUUCACUGGAUUUACGUUCAAGCAUCCUCUGUCCUCGAGAUGGUGUGAUUAUCACCCUUCCUUUUACCUCUCCAACUCCAUCCUGGGCUGAGGGUUUUCGCCUGGGUCCAUUCAACGUCCAGGAUCCAUUUGAAUUGAGUCACAAUGUCUGUAGUAAUGUCAGCUUAAAAACAGCUCGACGUUUCAGCUCACAGUGUAUUGGUGCUGCAAAGACCUGUCGCUCACCUCUUUAUCGCCUACGGUCACUGUCCCGCCCUUGGGGCAUCGUUUUAUUGUUACUGGCAAAUACUUCCGAGGGCAGUAAGAAAGAAGGGAUAGAAAUCUCCAUUCCGCUAACAGGAACUUCACUGGAAGCUGUGAUUUUGGCUGUCAAGAGGGUUUUAGUAGAAGUGCUGUUAUGUAGUUGUGAGGAGGAAGCUAGCUUGAAAAAUAGGACAGAAAAAACAGGAGGAGGAAAAGGUGAAAUGGAAAGAAGUGGAGAUGAAGGUGAACAGGCAGUAUCGCACAUGGAGGGACUUGUCAUUGGAGAUGAGUCAGAGUUUAAAGAUGGGAUGAAAACUGAAUCACAUGGAAGGAAACGAGAGAGCACAGAGGAAAUCCAGAAUGACAACAAAAGAAGGAAGAUGGAAGGUACAAACGAAGAUGCUAUUGUGGAACAAGACAGUGUACUUCCCACACAGAAAGUUCAUAAAGGACAAGAAGCCAAAAAGCUAAAAGAACUUGCAAAGGAAAAUAUUUCACUGGUGCGACUUAAUGUGUGGCAUCAGGUAUGGGAGGGCAGACGCAGACAGCGGAGGAGCAAGUGUGGCGAGGUGGCCCAGAAAAUAGAACUAGAGACUGCGGUGUCCCAUGCUUUGUCUUCUGGGGCAGUAGAUGGCAAGCCGUGCAAGCCUUUAAUGCAAAUAACUAUAAAGACUGAGCUGACCAAUGAGGGCAAUUUACAGCUGCACCUUACUCCAGAGGUAGACGAUUAUCAGUGCAGCACCAAUUUCUUACACUUUUUAAAGGGAUUUUUGCCCCAGAUGGUACAAGAGGUUUUAAAUGGUCAUGACUGACUCAUUUGGAUGUCAUUGGCAUUUG